GCUUACCGUGUGGGACUCUACGGUAGAAAGUACCAGUGGAUCAUCGUGGGCGUUUAUGAUGAUAACUGGUGGAUAAAUGCUGGUAAACACACAACGUGUGAUCAGUCUCAAUUACUUGAAGCACUGGAAGGUUAUAUUGCUACAGAUGUACUGCCAUUAAGCACUGACGAUAGGAUCACUGUCUCUGGCCUGACACCUGCCGAAUACGAGGCCCAGUAUAACAAAGCCAGAAGGGGGCAGUACAGUCGAUUUCACGGCUAUGCCUAUGACGGAAUCUGGGCGAUAGCACUGGCCAUUCAGAAGGUCCGGCAGAAGCUCUUGUCCAAAGAAAGUUCCAGAAGUUUUGAAAUGUUCGAAUAUAAAGAUCCCACGUGGGUCCAUUUAUUUCGGGAAGCCUUUAACAGGACAGCGUUCAUCGGAGUUACGGGACCCAUUAGUUUCACUAGAAAUGAACGGCGUGGACUUGUUCUUCUAAAACAGUUUCAAAGUGAUACAGACCCUCCUAUGGACAGGACUUUGAUUGUCAUCGAAAGGACAAGGAUAAGCGUCACAGUCUACUCACUUCUAGCCACCUUCUCGAUCUUGGGCAUCUUGCUAGCCAGCGUCUUUCUAAUAGUUAAUAUCCGUUAUCGUAACCAGAGGAACAUCAAGAUGUCAAGUCCCUAUCUGAACAAUCUCAUCAUCGUAGGCUGCAUGUUGACUUAUACUAGUGUCAUCUUGCUGGGUAUGGACAGUGGACUUACCAGCGAGAAGAAUUUCCCCUAUAUAUGUGCUGCAAUCAAAGAUUACAAACUCUUCAUGGUCGUUGGAGUUUUGAUGAUGAUUGAUGUCGCCAUCUUAACCACGUGGCAGAUCAUCGAUCCGUUUUAUCGAAGAACCAGUCUCGGUCCUCCCAUGCCGUCACCCAAGAAGAAGGAUGUGGUUAUUAUCCCAGAAAUGGAGUUUUGUCAAAGUGAAAAAAUGACUAUUUUUUUGGGUUCAACCUAUGCCUACAAAGGUCUUUUGAUGGCCUUUGGAUGUUUUCUAGCCUGGGAAACACGACAUGUCAGUAUUCCUGCGCUCAACGACUCCAAGUAUGUCGGGAUGAGCGUGUAUAACGUGGUCAUCAUGUGUGUCGUCGGUGCUGCCAUCUCCUUCGUCUUAAGAGAUAAACAGGAUGCUGCUUUUAUUAUAAUAUCUGUCUUCAUCAUCUUUUGCUCCACUACAACAUUAUGUUUGGUGUUUGUACCCAAGCUUGUAGAUUUGCGACGUAACACUGAUGCUGGAGAUAAAAGAGCACGAGCCACGAUGAAGCCCUUCAAGAGUUCAGACAGGGGUUUCGACGACGAAGUACACAAUAGAAUUAAAGCUCUAGAAAAUCAGGUCUACAGACAGAAACAGAUAUUGAAUGAGAAAUCUACUGAACUGCAGGGAUUAAUGCUUGAGCUCAAAGAAAUGAAAGAACCAUUGGUGAUGACGAAAUACCCUAUGACUUCAAUUCCUGAAAACUCCUCCUCUUCGUGUGAAAGUUUAUUACAAGUGGUGAGACCUUGCUUGAUUAAAGAAGAGAAUUCUUGUAGUCCAACAUUCCAGUACAUCAAGGAGGACUUGUCGCAGAAUUCUAUAUUAAGUAAUUCCCACGGAAAAAUUACGGCACCUACAGAGGAAACUAAACAAAGAUACUGCAAUCACCAAAAUGAAGUCAGAAAAAUAACGUUUAAAGAAAAUGAUAUAACUACAAUUACGGAAAUGCACCCCCUUUCGGUAACACAAAACGUUGGCCAAACCAUUAAACAUAUGGAUUCUGACUCUGAAUGCAGUAGUGAAUCAACCAGCUCACCGAAAGAUCUAUCACGUAAAGAGCAAGACGUUCCCGUAGAAUCUGACGACACUUCAUACGCUCGAGCUAUCAGAAAUUUCCGCCAGAGAGCGUUAGUGAAUGGGAUGUCGUCCUCAUGUGAUGAAGACUUCGAGCAACUGAAUUUAGGGUCGUUCCGAAAAGGU